UUGAUUGUGAACUAUCAGAAUCAAAGAAUUACCAUUCCCUCACCAAAAAUAAUUAUUUCAUUAAUCAGAGACGAGCUCUGUGAAUGUUUCACGUUUUUUUGUCAGGUAAAUAAAGGUAAAAAUGACUACUGCGGCCAGACCGACGUUUGAGCCAGCCAGAGGAGGACGAGGAAAGGGAGAAGGAGAUUUAUCAGCUUUGUCGAAACAAUACUCCAGUAGAGAUUUACCUUCUCAUAAUAAGCUGAAAAGAAGACUAACCAGUCAAGAUAGCCUUGAUGAAUUGCGUGAAAAAGAUUUUAAACGUGAUUUGGUUGAACGUGAGCGUCAAGCUACAAGGGAACGCGCAAAAGACAGAGGAAGUCGAUCAGAUUCAAAAAAAUCUCGUUUAGACCAACUGAGUACAACUAAUUUGGACGCUGAUGAUCCGGUUGAUGAGGAAGAUUCUGAUGAUUCUAAUGAAAGUGAUGAUGAAGAUGAUACAGCUGAACUUUUAGCAGAACUACAAAGAAUAAAGAAAGAAAGAGCUCAGGAAGAAGCUAAAAAAGAACUAGAAAAAAAAGCUGAAGAAGAGCGAAUUAGAACUGAGAAUAUUUUGCAAGGAAAUCCGUUGUUACAGCAAUCUUCCAACUUUCAAGUUAAACGAAGAUGGGAUGAUGAUGUUGUAUUUAAAAAUUGCGCUAAAGGAAUCCCGGAGAAAGGAAAGGAAGGAAAGUUUAUAAACGAUACUUUAAGAUCCGAAUUUCACAAGAAAUUUAUGAACAAAUAUAUUAAAUAACAAUUUCUUAUAGCAUGAUGGAAUAAUUAUAAUUCACUCCAUUUAUUUUUUCUUCACUUGUAUUGAACGCUUUUGUUUAUUUUUUCUUUAAAUUUGUCAUCUCAUCUAAAGAUGAAACGAUAGUCUGAAGAAAUAAGAUGUAAAUAUUUUAGGCCAGAGAGAAAACGAUAAACGAAGCCUGUUUCAUUUCAUCACAUUA